AGCUAUGACAUGAUGAGUUGGAAGUUGGAAGGAAUAACAUAAAUGGUGGACUUGAAUCGACUGACGUGGUUGGCAGUGAAUGGUGAUAGCGCGAAUCAGUUGAUGGUACCUACAACUCUACACUCUACUUAAACAAAAUUAAAUGAGUGUUUAUAUUUCUACAAACCAGCAUUAAACAUAAGACAGCUAUUAGUUGAUAAUUUAUUUGAAACUAGUGUUGAUAUAUAUUUUAAAUAAACCGAAAGUAAAUUAAAAUAAAAAUUAUUUACAAUGGUGUUACUUACGAUGAUUGCGAGGAUAGCAGAUGGGCUGCCUCUGGCAGCAACAAUGCAAGAGGACGAACAGAGCGGGAAAAGUAUACUGGAGUAUCAGAAUCAAGCUAAAAUGUUGUUCAAAAAAUUAGGACCACAAUCUCCAGCUAGAUGUACCAUUGAAACUGGUCCCUAUCUCUUCCAUUAUUUAAUUGAGAAUGACGUCUGUUAUUUGGUACUCUGUGAAAGAAAUUGGAGCAAACGUUUGGCUUACAGUUAUUUAGAAGACAUUGCACAGGAAUUUUAUGCACAGUAUGGAAAACGGGUUAAUACUGUCACUAGACCUUAUACGUUUAUUGAAUUUGACACAUACAUACAGAAAGCUAAGAAAUCAUUCUCUGAUGGAAGAUCUAGGAGAAAUAUGAACACACUUAAUAGUCAGCUUCAAGAUGUACAGAGAAUUAUGGUACAAAAUAUUGAUGAUGUUUUGCAAAGAGGAACUGUUCUAUCAGAAUUGGAUUCUAAAACUCAAAAUCUCUCAAUGUUGUCACAAAAGUACAAAAAAAAUGCGACACAUUUAAACAGCAAGUCAAUGUACGUCAAAGCUGUCGCUGGAUUAGUUGCAUUCCUCGUAUUUAUAUUAUACUUUUUCAUUUUGUAAUUUAACACUAGAAAUAUUAACACCAACAACUACAAUAAUGAUAACUAAAUAUUUAUUAUUUUUUUUAAAAAUUGAUGUUAACAUAAAUUUUUUAACGUCAAUUGUUAAAUUAUUAAUCUAUACCUUUUAGUGUGAAUAAUAUAUUUGUAUGUGGGUAAAAGUAUUUA